AUUAGUUAUAUUAUAUGCACUUUUAAAAUUAUUAUAUUUUCUGUAUUUAAUUGUAUUACGUAUUCUUAUUAAUUUUAGACAUUUCGAAAUCAUUCCAAGUUGAAAUACCAUUUAUCGUCUGUAUUAGAUGCUGACCAUUUUUUAACUAUACUUGACCAUAAACAAGUUACUAUAAUUGAAAAAUUAGUAACAAAUAGGACAGAACAAAUUAAAUUGAAUAGAAGUCGCCUAAUUCCAAUAAUUGAAUGUGUCAUAUUAUGUGGACAACAAGAAAUUGCACUCAGAGGACAUCGCGAUUCUGGAAAAAUAAACGGUAACUAUUAGAACUUGUUAAUAUGUACUGUAUUUUACUAUUUUAUAUUUUAAUAAUGUUGAGUGGUCGAGUCAAUGAUAUCUUAAUUUAUUAGUGGUUAUUAAAUUGUAUAAACUUAAAACUUGAUUUUUAUUAUUGUAGAAUUUGAAAAUCAAGGUAACUUUCGGGCAAUUUUAAAGUAUAGAUCCCGUGGUGAUACUUUUUUAAAUAGUAUUAUAGAAGAAGAAAGAGGUUACAAAUACAUAUCACCAACAAUGCAAAACGAAAUUAUUUGUAUUUGUGAUAAAUUAAUUUUAAAAGAAAUAGUUGGGAAAGUAAAUGCUGCUGAGGGGUUUGCUGUUUUAGCUGAUGAAACAACAGAUAUUGCUACAAAAGAACAACUGACAUUAUGCGUUCGUUUUAUAGACAACAACAAUAUGGUUAAUGAAAGUUUUCUUCAAUUUGUUAUUAUUCACAGUUUAACGGGAAAUGACCUGGCAUCUGCUAUAAUAAAUGGUUUAAAAAGUUGUGGUAUUAAUUGUGAAUAUUUAAUUGGACAAGGGUAUGAUGGUGCAUCAAAUAUGAGUGGAAAAUACAAAGGAGUCCAAGCAAUAGUUAGAGAAGAAUAUCCUAAAGCCAUAUAUGUCCAUUGUGCUGCACACACAUUAAAUUUAGCAGUUUCAAAAGCAUCAAAUAUUCAACCAAUUAGAAAUUGUCUCAGUAUUAUUGAAAAACUUUACGACUUUUUUAAUACCCCAAAACGUAACAAUGUGCUUUUGAAUUGUAUUAAAAAUGCAAAUGAAACACCAAAUGCUAAAACAUUGAAGAGGCUAUGUGCUACGCGUUGGAUACAAAGAUAUGAUGCUGUCAAUGAUUUUGCUGAACUGUUUCCAUUUGUCAUGGAUGCUUUAGACAAUAUUUCAAUUUCUCAUGACUUAUCAGGAACAGAUGCCUCUAUACUGUCUAAAUCAAUUGACUCGGAAUUUAUUAUAUCACUUCAAGUUGUUAAAUUAUUGUUUUCGUAUGGCUUACCUUUGUGUAAGCAAUUACAAAAAAUAAGGAUUGAUCUGAAAGAAGCAGUGGAACUUUCUAAUGAUGUUAUAAAGAAUUUAGAACUAAUAAGGGCCAACGCAGAAGAAGAGUUCCAUAAACUAUUUUUACAGGCUGAAGUUAUGGCUUCUGUAUUUGAACUUGAACUAGCUGUAAAAAGAAUUACAAAAAGGCAAGCAAAUAGAGGAAAUCCUUGUUCAGAUAAUGCAAAUUUAGAUGUUGAAGAAUACUAUAGGAUUACAAUUUUUAUUCCAUAUUUAGAGUUUUUUAUAAGCGAGUUGACUGAAAGAUUUUUAUCCCAUGCAUCUAUUUUUAAUGGUAGCUAUUUAAUUAUUAUAAAAUUGUAAUUUCUUUGCACUUUGAUUUGAAAA